AGUAAAUCCUGCACGAUGCCUCCCGUCAUGUUCCAGGACCUGCCACUAAACAUCUACAUGGUCAUUUUCGGCACCGGCAUCUUCAUCUUUGUGCUCAGCCUCAUCUUCUGCUGCUACUUCAUCAGCAAACUGCGGCACCAGGCUCAGAGCGAGCGGUUCGGGUACAAGGAGGUGGUUUUGAAAGGUGAUGCCCGGAGGCUGAACGUGCACGGGCAGACCUGCGCUGUCUGCCUGGAAGAUUUUAAGGUGAAGGAGGAGCUGGGGGUGCUGCCGUGCCAGCACGCCUUCCACAGAAAGUGCCUAGUGAAGUGGCUGGAGGUGCGCUGCGUUUGCCCCAUGUGCAACAAGCCCAUGGCGGGCCCGGCACAGCCCCGCGCCAGCAUCGGCACCCUCCUGGACGAGCUGGUGUGAGCGGCCCCGCGCCGCC